AUGUCGGACCCGGAGAAGCUCUCGCCAGGCCAGGAAGCAGUACUCAUGGAAUUAGAGAUGAUCCUCACCACUGUCAAGCAGAUCGACUCCAACUUGCAGAAGUCCAUAGCACUUCUAGAUGAUAAGUCUAUUGACUACACGGAGAUCGUCCAUACCAACACCAAGCGAAUCGUUGAGAUCCUCGAAUUGUUCGGAGCUACACAACAAUGA